UGUGGAAUUGGGAUUGAUGAUUCAUAAUAGAUGUCUCAAACAGGGGGUCCACUCUCCCCUUACUUGUUUAUCCUUGUUGCAAAGGAAUUGAGCGCUCGACUGAUGCAGGAAGAUGCGGCGGCGCAACAGGUAGACUCCAUUAAGUGUGUAUCGUGAGGGGGGCUCCUCGUAUCUCGCAUCUAUUAUUUGCAUAUGAUUUAUUUUUAUUCUUUAAAUCUUCUCAUGAUGAAUGUUCGCUAGUCAAGACAGUCCUGAAGAUUAUGAAGCGGCUUCGAGAUAGGUGCUGAAAUGGACCUGAGAAACUUCACGGGCUUCAUGAAGAAGUCGACGAAGGAGCCCAAAAAAGGAUGUGGGCGUUCAGAAGCCCCUCGACGCACUCCCCAAGAAGGGUGGGGAGCCCUCGGCUACUGCCCCUGCUGAUGUCGCCGCCAAGAGGAAGCCGGUGGGCAAAGGUCCAGGUCCCCAAGGGAAGAACCCCCGGAGAGGGGAUGCUGAGAAGAAAACUCCCCUGGUUGUGGUCGUGGGGGAGGACUCUUCCUCCGGGCUCCAUGUUGUGGCGGAGACCAUUGCCUCUAGUCCUCCUUCGGCACAGAGGGGCGAGGGGGGCUUACCCCGAAAGGACAUACCUUCUUCCCUCCUGAAGGGGACCGUGGAUCCGAUAGAGUUCCUUCGGGGUGCUACUCCUUCGUUCAAUAGGGCCGCCCUCGGCAGGCUUGAGGACGAAGCCCUUGAGUCCAAGAUCCUCCGAUCUUCCCUCACUGCUUGUAUUCCCCUCGGUGAGCAGGCUCGAAGGCUAGAGGAGUGGCGCCUUCAGAAGGCCCAGGGGGCUGAGAAGAUGAAAAAACUGAUCCAUGACAACCUUGACGUUGUGAGGCAGAUGGCCCAGCUGGAGGAGGACCUUCGGCAAGCGAAGGAGGAGGCCGAAAGAGCCAAAAAGGAAGCUGAAGCUUCCAAGAUUGCUGCCGAGGCCGCACAGAAAGCUACUGACGAGGCCGAGGCUGCAAAAGCGGAAGCCAUUGUCAAAGCCCGGGAGGACGCUAUUUCCGCCUUCCAUGCUGAGGGGUGGAAAGCUGAGAGCCAGGAGGAAUGGGUGGCCUCGGUAGUUGCGGCCUCGGUGGAUGUCUGGGUUAAGGGCCCCGGGAUUGAGUGGAUGGCCCGUAAGGGCAAGAGUUGUUACGAGGGCGGUGAGUAUUUCACCCAAGCCCUCGUUUACCGGAGGCUCGCCAGGCACUUCCAAAUUGAUCCAGAGAAGUUUGACCCGGUGGCAUAUGGCAUCCCCCUUGCAACCAGACAUUCGUGUUCCCCUCCCCCCGGGCGAAGAGAGGCCGGUUCUUGAAGACUCGGUCCUAAUGGCGGAGGCACCGAGUGAUGAUGAUGAAGGGGCCGAAGGGGAUGUUUCCUCUAAGCCUGUCGAGGGGGGUGCUGUUGAAGUUGUUGAUGAUGUUGUGGUCGUGUAAUUUUGAACAUCUUUUGUAUAAACAUCCAUGUAACUUUCGGCUUCGGCCAUGAUGGCAAACAACUUUUUAUUCCCUGUUGAUGAAUGAAUGCCUGCCUUCGGGCCUUUUAUAUAUAAUUUGCUUUUUUCUUUGAA